AACAGUUAGUUGGUUAGUUUUUACAUAGUGACUAGAGACUCUUUAACUAGUAUACGUCUUUUGGGAGUUAUAGCUUGUACAUAACUGACACGUGAUCUGGAAAACACGGAGCUUCCAUAAAUGUGUUAUUUAAGCUACUCUACUAAUUCAAUUUAUGAUGAAGUGACUUUGUUAGAUGCAGAUUCCCAGACCAUCUGAAAGGAUUUAAGCAUCAGGAUAUGGAGGAACCCUCUAAAUUUGAGCGAUAUGUGUACAAAAAUGCUUCUGUUUAUCAUUAUAUGAAAAUAUCUCUUGUUCUAGAGAAUGGACAGAAAUACAUUUCUGAUGCACAGUUUAAACAACUGAUCAUCUGUGGACUUAAAGACCUGUAUGGAGAGGUCGGAGCUUCUUUUCCAUUUGAUUUGCUGAAGUUUGAUCGGAACGAAUUGACAGGCAUACUAAGAGUGAACAGCAGUGGGCUGGCGAAAUUGUGGAGCGCGUUGACGUUACUGGGUUCAUUUCAGAAGGAGGCUUGCGCAUUCAGAGUUAAGCAGGUUUCGCCAUUUUUACUAGCGUUGUCCGGGAAUAGCCGUGAGCUUCAGUUUGGAGACCAGCUGAUGUCCUAACAAACAUACCUUGGAAAAAAAAAAUGACGUUUUUUCUCAGAAGAACUUUUUUCAGCAGAAAUAUAUAC